AUGGCGUCAGGCCAUUCCCCUUCCGCGCAAACCCUGCACCCUCCAAACCCUAAUGCUCCCGACUCUCCUCCGCUCGACUUCCAGGGCGUGACUGCGGCGAUCGCGGCGCUAGCAGGCGCAGUGCACGCGCUGCCCGCGGAAGACGAUUUCCACUUCUACUGCAACUUCGCCGCUUUCCGCGCGCGUGUCUCCGCGCUCCGCCAGCGCGUGCGCGCGCUGCUCUCCCGCCUCGGCCCGCCUGCGCCGCCCGCCGCGUUGGCUCCCGCCGCGGGUGACCAGGAUGACGCUGACGCUGACGUGGACGACGUUUAUGAUUGGCUAGUCGAUGUGCUGGAUAACCGGCUGGAGAAGGUCGACGUGGCACUUGACGAGAUGCGGAAAAAGCGGAAGAAUGCGCAACCGGAUUGGCAGGGGCUGGAGGAGGAGGAGGCGGAGCAGCGGCGGGAAGCGCUUCUGCGCGAAGCGGGGGCGUUCGGCUCCGGUCUCGCGGACGCCGCCUUUUCCGCGCCCAAGGCGGGCGGAAAGCAGCAAGCAGGCGGAAGCAUGCCGGCGGCGGAGAUUGCCACGUCAGCUAGCAGCUGGCGGCGCAGCUUGCGCGGGAAGAACCGGCCGCAGGACGCGUUCGAGCCGCCUGUCGACAACUCCGACGCGCCACUCUCGUUGCCACGCCUCGAGUUCAUCGAGGCGAUUCGGCGCGAGGCGGAAGCGGAAAGCCCCGGAGAGGAGAGCGCUGAAGAGGAGGGGUCCGUCCCUCCAAACCCCCUCAUCCCCACCCACCCCCCCUCUGUUUCUUGCGUGCGCCGCCCUUCCCAGCACCGGCUUCGCCACAUCACCUACCAGCCCUGGCAGCUCUGCCCUCCGAACCUGCCGUCCCGAGCCACCACAACCGAACCAACCCCAGGCUCGGAACCACACCACCAACUCUCCCCCCCACCUCCCUUGGAAGACACACCCUUGGCAUACGUAGAAACGCGCGAGCAGCUAGCAGCCAUGGCGGAGGAGAUUAAAGCCGAGAGGGAGGUGGCAGUGGAUCUCGAGAAUCACAACUACCGGUCGUUCCAGGGCUUCCUGUGCGUGCUGCAGCUGUCGACGAGAAGGAAAGACUAUGUGGUGGACGCGGUUUCCCUGCGCGGACACAUCGGACCAAUACUGGGACCCAUGUUUGCUGACACACGCAUAGUCAAGCUGUCGACGAGAAGGAAGGACUAUGUGGUGGACGCUAUUGUGCUGAGGGGAGAGAUCGGGCCCGUGCUGGGACCCAUGUUUGCUGACACACGCGUAGUCAAGCUGUCGACACGGAGCAAGGACUACGUGGUGGACGCCAUUGCAAUGAGGGGGGAGAUUGGCCCCCUGCUGGAGGGAGCCCAUGUGAUGCACGGGGCGGACAGUGAUGUGGUGUGGCUGCAAAGGGACUUUGGCAUCUUCAUUGCGAAUCUCUUUGACACGGGGCAGGCCUCACGUGUGCUUGGGCUAGAGCGCUUCUCCCUGGCGCACCUGCUGCAGCGCUACUGCGGGGUCACGGCCAACAAGAGCCUUCAGAUGGCGGACUGGCGCGUGCGGCCGCUGCCAAGUGAUAUGCUCAAGUAUGCCAGGGAAGACACGCACUAUUUGCUCUUCCUGCACGACUGCCUUCGGCUGGAGCUCGCUGCGUCUGCCGGUGGUGGUGGUGGUGCUGCUGCUGCUCGGGCUGAUGGGAGGAUGGAUAAAGGGAAGGCUUGCGGUGAGGCGAAGGAGGAGGGAGAGGAGGAGGAUGAGGAAGGGGAGGUGUUGAAGCGCAGUAGGGACGUGUGUCUGCUGCUCUACUCCAAGCCACAGCGCACCACACACGCCCUGACAGUUCUCCUCACCCCUUGCCCCCCUCCUCCCCCCCUUCCCCAUAUUUUUUCCCUCUCCCCUCGUCCUCUGCAGGUGUUGAAGCGCAGUCGGGACGUGUGUCUGCUGCUCUACUCCAAGCCACAGCGCGCCUUCCACUCCUUCCUCCGCAACAACAGGUUAAGCACAGAGGCCUUCACCGAGGAACAGAUGGCUGUGCUCUCUGCGCUGUACACGUGGCGAGAUCAGACGGGCAGGGAGUGCGAUGAAGGGCUGGGAUACGUCAUGCCCAACCACCUGUUGCUCAAAGUCGCACGUGACAUGCCCACCUCCGAACGUGCUCUCCGAACCUGCCUCCGAGGUUCGGCACCUCUGGUGGCUCGAAAUGCUGCAACUAUCACCCGAAUAAUCAGCCAGAUCAAAGAUUCUGCUGACCUGGCAACGUCCACUCUAGAGUCGCCAGCUGUCGUCGCGGCACGGCAUGCUGCCACGUCAGGCAAAGACCCCUUUGCUCCUGGCACUCCGGCUGCUGCAGCUGCCGCCGCUGCUGUUGCUGCUGCUGCUGCCCGUGCUGCUGCCGCUGCUGGUGUGGCUCCUGGUGCUGCCGCUGCUGCUGUCACUGCUGAUGCAAGUGUCCAACCAACAACUGCCAUAACUGCAUCUGUAGCACCGCCUGUAGCAGCGGCUGUAGCGAAGGUGAAGGUGAAAAAAGCAGCAGCUAAGUCUGGGUUUGGGGCACUCCUGGGGCAAAAGCGACCUGCUAAAGCCGCAGGAGCCGCGGGAGGAGCAGCUGUAGCAGCUGGAGCAGGGGCAGCAGGAGCAUUAGUAAAGCCCUUGGCAAAAGCACAGAAGACGGAUGGCGCUGCUGCGAAAGAUGACCUGGCGGCACGAGUUCGAGCAGCCAUGGGAAUUGUACCGCAGCCAAUGGGAUCGAAGAAAGUUGCUUCACGGGCAGGUGAAAAACAUGGAACUGCGGAAGGUGAGGGGAAGGUGGCAGCUGAAGGUAGGGGACAGGAAGGAGAAGGGGGGAAUGGUGGGGAAGCAGAGGGAGGUGAGGGGGGAGGAGGGGGCGGAGGGGAAGCCGGGGGGGUAGGGGGAGCAGGGAAGGGUGGAGAAGCAGGGGGCGGGCAGAAGAAGCGGCAGCGACCAGCCAAGUCUCCGGCUCAUGUGGCUGCUGCGGUGGCGGCGGCAGCAGCAGCAGCACGAGCAGCCAGAAAAGCCGGAAGCCAGGCAGAGGGCGAAGGGGGCGGAAGCGGGGCGGGAGUGAGUGGUGGAGUUGAGGCAGGGGGGGAUCUGCCAGCUCCUCUGAGUGCUGCCUUUGAUGCGGAGGAAGGCAGGCGGGCACAGAGGAAGAAGAGACGCAUGCUCAAAGCUGCUGCUGCUGCUGCCGCCGCUGCUGCUGGUGCUGCUGGUGCUGCCAUUAGCGAUGCUGCUGGUGCUGGCGCUGGGGCAAACGAUGUUGACGGUGUUGGUGAUGGUGCAGGGUCUGGGUCUGGUGCCGGUGAUGCAGCUGAUGCUGAUGCUGCAGCUGCAGCUGCAGAAGGGGGGGACGUUGGUGUUGAGGGCAAGGCAUCAGCACAGUCACAGUCACAACAGCCAGCUAAGAAGGGUGCUGGUGGGGGGCAGCGCAAGAACCUGGUUUCAGAGGCGUUUCAGAGAGCUGCGGAGGGGGAGGAGAGGCGCAAGAAGAAGAGGAGGAGUGGGACUGGAGGGUUGUGUGGCUCGGAUUCAGAGGAAGAGGAGGAGGAGGAGGAGGAGGAGGGGCUUCGCAUGGUGCAUGAUAGUGAGGAUGAUGACGAUGAUGAUUCUGACGGUGGUGGUGGUGUUUUCGGUGGUGACGAUAGCGAUCAUGAUGAGGAUGGUGUGGCGAAGGGAAAGCGGAAGCUUCCUGGUCGGCAGCAGGAGGAGGAUCAGGAAGGAUUCGCGCGGCUUGAGAUUUAUGAUUUCUCGGCGGAGAAGGAGGAGUUUGGGCUGGAUGCACAGCAUGUGGCGGCCAGCGAGGCCAUGGCUCUGGGUCCUUCGGCAGAUAAGAAGAAAUGGAACAAGCGUGGUGCUCCUAAGUUCUCUGUGCCGCUGCCUGCGGCUGCUGCUGCAGCAGCUGCGGAUGCUGCUGCCUAUGCUGGAAAGCAGGGUGGUGGGGAUGAGGGAGGGCGAGGUAGUAAGAGUGCGGUGUUUGAUCCGUUGCAACCGAUUGCGGCUGGAGCGGCCAAGAGAGGCUUGGCUUAUGAUGCGCCGAGGGGUGGGAAGAGGCCGCAAGUGUUUCCUUCGUCUGGAAACAGGAGUGCCACAUUCAUGGAUUGA